AUGUCCUUGGGCCGGUCCUUUGCUGGCCACUCACUCCCCUACAAACUCGCACAAGCCAAGAAACAUGGCUUCCAGGGGAUCGAAGUCUUCUACGAAGAUCUCAUCGACCUCACAGCCUCGAUGCCUGGCGGCGAAACCCUUAUCGACAACCAGCUUGCCGCCGCGAGGUUGUUCAGAAACCUCUGCGAAGAGAGGGGCCUUGAGAUUAUGUGUCUCCAGCCCUUUAUGCAUUUUGGAGGCCUGAUCGACCGCGAGAAGCAAGAGGCACAGAUCCAAGAUAUCAACCGGUGGAUUCAGUUAGCCCAUUCCCUCGGUACGGAUCUCAUUUGUUUCCCCAGCUCGUUUCUUCCAGCCUCCCAAAUCACAGCCGACAUUGACACCAUUGUCAACGAUCUUCAAAGAGCGGCCGACUUGGGCCUCGCCGCCUCGCCGCCUGUUCGGUUCGCCUACGAGGCUCUAUGCUGGGGCACGCGCAUCUCCACGUGGGAAGACUCCUGGGAUCUCGUCCAGCGAGUGGACAGGGAGAACUUUGGCAUAUGCUUCGACACAUUCAACAUUGCCGGGCGCAUCUUUGCAGACCCUGCCGUGCGAGGUGGCAAGUGUGAAGACGCCGAAGAGGCCACCCUUCAGUCUUUGAAGAGACUGGUGAAGAAUGUCGAUGUCAAGAAGGUGUUCCUACUGCAGGUCGCAGAUGCAGAACGCUUGCACGAACCAUUGGACCAACACCACGCUUUUUACAACUCGGAGCAGCCCGCUCGGAUGAGCUGGUCAAGGAAUUGCCGUUUGUUCUACGGCGAAUCGUCACACGGGGCCUAUCUACCUGUCAAGGCAGUGCUUACUGCGGUCGUCAGGGGGCUAGGUUUCCAAGGUUGGCUGAGCUUCGAGGUAUUCAACCGACGGCUGACGGACCGCGAUACGAGUGUGCCCGAGGAGAUGGCCAAGAGGGCCAGUGUAGCGUGGGAGAAGAUGGUUAGAGAGGUGCCCUUGGACGUGAGGCCGAACACCACCAAACAGGCAACACCUACGCCAGUACAACACCGGUUAUCAGCCAUGUUGUGA